AAUAGAUCAAAAACCGACAACGGUAUCGCGAAAAGGAAAAAAUUCAAAGAAUGAUAAUUCAACAGUCUUGAUAAGAAUUGCACUGGAGCACAAUGAUAAGCACAAAAGUCCGUGGAAUCUAUCAACGAAAUAUUCGUCGACACGUCGGCCGCCCAAGGUCGAUGAUAACGGCUUCACAGAAAGAAAAACAGACGUGACAUAGCGUGCGACGUAUCACAAAAAAUAUAAAUAAAUAAAAUAUAAAAAUUUUUGACGGCGUUUCAGGUCGUGCGUAUUCACGCACUCGUACAAUCUGCAAACCAAUUUUAUUCCACACGAGGGGAAGCGUAUUCGACCGUUUUCUCGAACAUGGAAGGUCUGAACCUCCUCGCUCCUCGUAACCUCACUCCCGGCGCGCGAUAUUGAUUUCUAAAACUGCGACGCGAUGUUUAUGCGCGGGCCGGGAGGCUGAGGGCCGGUUGCCACGGGAACGUGCGUCUCGCGCCCGACCGCCCGAUCCCGGGGGCGGUACGCGCACGGCUGAUAACCAUCGGGUUGAUACGCGACCGCGGCACCGAGACCCGCGUUCGUCCCUGUCAGAUUUCCAUCGGGAGCCCAACGUCACUGGUGUCACACGACGUCCAGACCGCCGUCCAGCCGACAGAACGAGACCAAUUCACAUCAAUAACACUACCUAUAUCAUCGCAAACAACCGCUGCUGUUAUCGUCCGCAGUUUCCGUCGCAGGUAUAUGCUUUUGGAAGUAAUACCAUAACCGAAGUCGAGUGCAAGGAUAGUCGACGGAACAGAUUCAAUUAUGAUGCUUUCACAAAAUCCGGGAAAUGAGCCAGUCAGAAAGUGUUAAAUCUCUCAGCGUGAAUCUGCGAAAUUUUUUCACUGCUCGAAGAGGGCGUUGAAACGAGUGGUUCACCAUUGUUUAUAGUGGUACGCGAUUUGAUUCAAAUCGUUCGAGGGUUGAAUAUUCUUCGUAAUUUUGAUAUACGUGUGAAAUAUAAAAUAAUCGUUUCUUUAUGAAUUUCAGACGAAAAGUUGUAUUGCGCUGAAGAAAACCUUUCAAAGUAAAUUCAUAGAAGAAGUUUCUUUAUGUUUUUUUUUCAGUUCUUGACAAGAGAAUAUUAUUUACGAUUUAGCGUUUUAAUUUUUUCUAUUAUUUAUCACGAUAAUUUCUCAUAACUCGACAAAAAACCUUCAACUUUACAAUUGUUAACAUGUAAAUAAAUUUAAAUCAAUUUUUGUUAGUGAAAAAAUAAAAACGCUGCAUCGUAGAUAAUUUUCUUCUCUUUAUAAUCAAACAAAAUUGAACCCUCAAUUGAAAACUAGAUAUUCACAUGCUUAAAUCAGAAAUGUAACACACUUUCUUGAAUUCUUGUUAACGGAACCAACAAUUCAAUAAUCAGCAAUAAAAAAAAUAAAAAUAAAAUCUUUAGUGAAAACAAAUACUUUUUUAUCGUUUCGUUCGGAGCGCAAUACAAAAUAAUAAUAAAAUAAUAUUGAUACGAUCUUGUAAUUAUUAUCGCGAACCCUGUAAACAGUUGGAGACCAAUAUCCAUGUGUGUAUACGCGGUUCCCUCUCCAGGACAUGAAUACCGUGGUAAAUGCAUUUCGCACGUUCAUUUGAACUGAGUCACAACAGGUAUAAAGUAAAUUGAUCAAUAAAUUUAUAAUCCUGUACCAUGUUAAUGCAUGACAUGUACUGACACAAAAGUUUUAUUUAAUAUUGAUUGAACAAUGCAAAAUGUUAUUCACUGUAACAGCAGAUAUUGUUAUAUGUUUUGUUUUUAUAGAUCAAUGAUAAAUAUGUUUAAGCACAUUUUGAAACCAAAGUCUCUGGUACUAUGGAUUGUUUUAUUCACAUUAAUUAUAUGGACUUAUACAUUUUAUUCGUUGACUGCAUUUACAGAUGUUUUGAACGAACACCACUCAUCUAUACUUGGUACGUCCGGGUAUCUAAUCAAAACGCCAGGCUGCCGGAUUCCGGAAAUGUAUUUAAACGGGCCCGAGGUCGACAAGUACAUGAACUACAACGAAAAGUUGGACUGCAGGUCCAUGUGGAACUAUACAUUGCCAUUGGUUACGUCCAACCUGACGGCGUUGAUAUUGAACGCGACCGCGCGGACCGCGUUGAUCGUCACCGAGCGGCAUCCGAAGUUCGAAUGUUAUUACAGUGCCGUGAAAAGACCGGUGGUCGAGACCGGCCAGGACGUCAGCGGGUUCAACGAGAACAGCGUCAAACUCGGGGAGAAAGUGUACUUCGAGGACGACGUAACGGUAUCGGACGAGAUGAUCGAAGCGAUAUGCACAUUCAACGGCAACGUGGUGUACAAAGAUUACCAUAUAUUCGUGCGCCCUGCCCCGGCGGCGAUGACGCGUCGGGACGGGGACGUGAACGUGCUGAUCCUGGGUCUAGACUCGGUGUCACGGCUGAACUUUCACCGUCAGAUGCCGUUGACGGACGCGCUGCUGUCGCGGCUCGAUAACGUGGAGAUGCUGGGCUACAACAAGGUUGAGGACAACACGUUCCCGAACCUGGUGCCGCUGCUGGCCGGACUGUCGGUGGACGAGCUGCGGAACCGGUGCUGGCCCCGAGACGACGGGUUCUUCGACGAGUGCCGCUUCGUGUGGGACGACUAUAAGCGGGCCAACUUCAGUACCACGUUCGCCGAGGACAGCCCGACAAUCGGAACGUUCAACUACCUUAAGCCCGGGUUCCUGGGCCAGCCGACGGACCACUACCUGCGACCGAUCAUGUUGCGCGCGGAGCACGGCGUGGGCCACGGUUGCGCCUCGGGGAACACGAUGUGCUGCGCGGGCGGCCGAUUGGCCAUGGCCGCGCUGCUGGACCACGCACUGAAGAUCACUAUGUCCGCGGGCAAUCGGCUGCACAUGGGCUUCUACUGGUCCACCAGCCUAACGCACGACUACGUCGAGUACGCGCGGUUCGGGGACCGUGACCUGGCCGCGUUCUUCGCGGCGCUUGACGCCACCGGUAUGCUCAACAACACAGUGGUGCUACUGAUGAGCGACCACGGUAUCCGGUGGGGCACGUUCCGGGACACGUACCAGGGUGCCCUGGAGGACCGGCUCCCCAUGUUGCGGUUCGUCGUGCCCGAGUGGUAUGUGCGUGUGCACCCGGCGGCCGUGCGCAACCUGCGUGCCAACGCGAACCGGCUGACCACGCCGUACGACGUGCAUGAGACGCUGCUGGAGCUGGCGGACGGAUCGCUGGGGUCACCGGGAUCGCAGUCCGGCCGCGGCGUCAGUCUGUUCCACGAGGUGCCGGAUGACCGGACGUGCGAGGCGGCCGGUAUUCCGGUGCACUACUGCAGCUGUCACGACGUGAGGGUGACGCUGAGGCCGGACGACGAGGACGCGGUCCGGGCGGCCAACCUUCUGGUGCACUAUGCGAACGCGGUGCUGGCGCCGUACCCACGGUGCGCCAACCUCACGUUGCACCGGGUAAACGCGGCCGCGGUGCAGAUGGGCCGGGACAGCGCGUCUACGCGGGAUUACGAGGUGCGCGUGACCACAGUACCAGGGCUAGCCAAGUUCGAGGCGGUGAUGCGGGAGGACCGGGCCACCGCCGGCCGCUUCAAGAUGGUAGGCUCGAUCAGUAGGUUGAACAUGUACGGCAACCAGAGCGAGUGUGUGCGCGAUGCCAAGAUCAAACUGCUGUGCUACUGCGUGCUAGGCGACUAGGCGCGCGCGGCCCGUGACCAGGCUCGACCGUAAAGCUGUAAUGCCCGUCGCACGACGUCAUUAUACACCAUCGCACUCGGCGCCUUAAGGGUCGGGACCCCCACAUACGGGAUUAAUAUUAGUCGUUUCAUCUUGAACUUGCGACAGUAGCAAACGCGAAUCCGCAAUAACGAUCGGUUCCACCGGUUACAAACACCGAUAUUUUCGUUUGCGAGACGAAUAGUUAUCGCCAAUGCUGAGCAUUAACGAGCUAAAAAGCUAACAUUAAGUUACUUUUUACUAAGUUACAUAACGGGUUAAUUCAUUUCUUGGUACGAUUAAGUUAUUUAAUUUUUCUUUAUAUAAAACCUAU